GCUGCAGUAAGUUGGACGCGCAUGCGUACUUUUGGUCCUCUUUUCCUUGGAAGCAGCCCAGAAGCGUCACACCAUGUCAGAUCCCGAUCUUGACUUCACGACCGGCGAGUCUGGCGCCUCCGCCACCUACCCCAUGCAGUGUUCUGCUCUGCGCAAGAACGGGUAUGUGGUGCUCAAGGGACGUCCCUGCAAGAUUGUGGAAAUGUCCACCUCCAAGACCGGCAAGCACGGCCAUGCUAAGGUAAACCUGACUGGCAUUGACAUCUUCACCCAGAAGAAGUAUGAAGACAUGUGUCCCUCCACCCACAACAUGGAUGUCCCAGACAUCAAGAGGCUAGACUAUCAGUUGCUCAACAUCACCGAGGGCUUCAUGUGUUUGAUGAACGACAGCGGCGAGAUCAGGGAGGACCUGCGUGUUCCAGAUAACGACCUUGGCAAGGAAAUCGAGUCAAAGUUUGAAGGCGGGGAAGAGUUUGUGGUCACCGUGAUGUCCGCCAUGGGGGAGGAGUCUGCUGUGGCUACCAAGGUCCAGGCCAUCAAAUAAGGAGAUGGACUUUGCAGCCCCGGCAACAAGCACCGCCCACAACCAGUCUCUUGCAUUCUCAUUGGUUCUGUCACCAAAGCGUCGGCCUUCACUGAACCUCAAUCAUUCUUGUCAUUUCAUUUUCUCACCUUUUUUGGUUUCUCUCCAUCGCUGUCAGGACUGAUCAGGUGCAGCUCGCUACCUGAUCGCUCACAUUUUGUUGGUAACUAAAUUGACUUUAUAUAAAACAACUUCAAAAAUAA